CUUUAAGCAUCAACGAAUAACCCGUUGACAAAAAUAUUCGUGGGUUAUUAUUGCAUUAAAGUGAACUUUAACCCUCCCAAUUCCGUUUCCGCAUCCGUCAUCUCUCUUUCCGGUUUUGUGCCCUCUCGUAGCCAUCAUGAAGGUCGAGUUGUGCAGUUUCAGCGGGUAUAAAAUAUACCCCGGCCAUGGCCGCCGAUACGCCAGGAUAGACGGGAAGGUGUUCCAGUUUCUGAACGCCAAGUGUGAGUCUGCUUUCCUGGCCAAAAGGAACCCCAGACAGAUCAACUGGACUGUGCUGUACAGACGCAAGCACAAGAAGGGCCAGUCUGAAGAGGUGACAAAGAAGCGCACCCGCCGCGCCGUUAAGUUCCAGAGGGCCAUCACUGGGGCCUCCCUGGCUGAUAUCAUGGCCAAGAGGAACCAGAAGCCCGAGGUCCGCAAGGCCCAGAGGGAGCAGGCCAUCAGAGCUGCCAAGGAGGUCAAGAAGGCAAAGCAGGCAGCCAAGAAGCCUGCGGCCUCAAGUGCAAAGUCCACCACCAAGGCUGCACAGAAACCCAAGAUCGCAAAGCCCAUGAAGAUCAGCGCACCCCGCGUCGGAGGAAAACGCUAAAAGCCUGACUCAUCGUUUGUGGUUGUGAAUAAAAUUUUGUGGUUAACCAUCA